AUGCCUGGAGAAGGAAUGGUCUCCCGCGAGGAGCUCACGAAACGAUCUAUCCCAAAAUUUCAGUUCUCGACCGAGUCUAAUCCUCUGACUGCGCCACCCGUUAUUCCUCUGGGUCUGUCUGUGGCCCAACGUGCUGCUGCUCGUUUUGCGAUCAAGGGGAAUGCUAUCGUGACCGGAGGUGCAGGAGGUAUAGCUCUCUGCGUCUGUCGCGCUCUGCUCGAGCACGGCGCAGGUGGUCUUUCCCUAUUCGACCUCCCAUCAACUCUCGAGACUACCAUAGCCUCUCAGGCCGUCCAGGCACUACGCGCCGACUUCCCCAACGCGAAAAUCAUCACGCAGCCUGCAGACGUGACGAACGAGAAGAUGCUGCAAGAUGCCGUGGAUGCGACGGUGGAGAAACUUGGGAGUGUGAAUAUCCUGCUUUGUUUUGCGGGAGUGGUAGGCACGCAGCAUGCGGAGGAUAUCAGACCUGAGCAGUGGCGGCGGAUGAUAGAGAUCAAUGCGACGGGUACAUGGUUGUCCGCCCAGAUUGUUGGAAGACAAAUGAUCAAACAAAAGACGUCGGGGUCCAUCGUCUGUACCGCUUCAAUUUCCGGCCACGCGGUCAACUUUCCCCAACCACAGGUCGCAUACAACGCUUCCAAAGCCGCCGUCAUCCAUACUGCUCGUUGCCUCGGAGCUGAAUGGGCUCAUCACGGUAUCCGCGUGAACAGUGUCAGUCCAGGAUACAUGAACACCAUCCUGAAUGAGGGAGACGGGCUGGCGGAGGCUAGAGCGUUGUGGGCGGAGCGGAACCCGUUCGGAAGGAUGGGUGAACCGGAGGAGUUGGCGGGUGUGGUGGUGAUGUUGUGUAGUAGUGCGGGGAGCUAUAUCAAUGCUACGGAUAUUGUCGUGGAUGGCGGCGCACUCCCAGUCUACUGA